AUGAUUCAAAAUUUGAGUGAUGCAGGUUCUCCAAUUGCAAUACCUACGGAUGUGAGGUAUGACAAGAAUUGUAAGGAUGUUGUUGAUAAGGUGGUUGGGACAUAUGGACGCAUCGAUGUCCUGGCAUGCUGUGAAGCACAUGAAACCAGGAAGCAGCAUCAUAAACACCGCUUCAGUGUUAGGAUUCUCAGCAUCAUAAAACUCAUUGAUUACGCGUCAACAAAGGGAGCCAUUGUGAACUUCACCAAGAGUCUAGCAAUAUUCCUGGUUGACAAGGGGAUUCGUGUGAAUGGUGUGGCUCCUGGCCCUAUCUGGACCCCACUUGAAGCUGCAUCACUCGAUGAUGAGGAUUUAGCAACCUUUGGGUCACAGGUGCCCAUGAAUAGGGCAGCUCAACCUGUCGAGAUUGCUCCAUCAUAUGUAUUCCUCGCGUCAAAGGACUCUUCCUACUAUACCGGCACAUUUCUUCAUCCUGAUGGUGGAGAACUUGACAAUGCUAUUCCUAGUGUCAACAACAACAAUACAGUAAACCCAUAA